UUUUUAACUAAAUGGCAGUUGGCUGACCCGGGGGUAGCCUCGCUAACUGUGGCCCUCUUUCUUCCCAUUAUACAUACAAGUAUAGCUUCGACCAACCCCUUCCAACGUGAUCCUAGUCUCGUAAGAUGUCAAGCGCCUAGGUUAAAAUGGAUAUACGUGGGGGUGAGAUCGUUCUUUGUCAAGGGCGUCCCACACCUUGCAACCGGCCUUGGCUACGAGGAGGAUAGUUCGAACCUAGGGAGGCAACGUUAUCCCGAGGACUUCGGCCCUAGCGAUGCGUGCCAACUCAAGGCUCAAGACUAAUAAGUUCGUAUGGCCCGGGCCAUGCUCUUGGAGUCUUCGUUUUACCGGAAAUCCGAGACUUUUUCACAUCAUAAACCCGCCAUGGCUCCGUCUGUCGAUUCUGCCCCCCAUAGCAAUGGGGUUAACGCAUCUGCCAACGGUGCUUUGAGACCACCUCUCGCCCCAGGUAUCUACGUGCCAACGGUCGCCUUCUUCAAAGACGAUGAUACCGUCGAUGUAGAAACAACCGCGUCCCACGCUACUCGACUAGCCAGGGCGGGCGUUACGGGGCUCGUCACGCACGGUUCAAACGGCGAGGCCGUACAUCUUGAUCAUGCUGAACGACAGCUUAUCAACCGCACAACACGUGCCGCCUUAGACGCCGCCGGGAAGUCAGAACUGCCUCUCAUUGUCGGCUGCGGAGCUCAGUCUACGCGAGAGACUAUCCAGCUCUGUCGGGAAGCAGCCGCUUCCGGUGGCAACUAUGCCCUUGUCCUUCCACCAGCAUACUAUGGCAGUCUUCUCUCUACCGAGUUGAUAUCAAAGCACUUCCGCGCCGUCGCGAGUGCUAGCCCCAUACCCAUCCUAAUUUACAACUUCCCCGGAGCCUGUAGCGGCCUGGAUCUAUCCUCAGACGUCAUCAUCGCCCUCGCCGAGCACCCCAAUAUCGUCGGUGUUAAGCUCACCUGCGGGAACACGGGAAAACUCGCCCGUGUAGCGGCGGCUACCACCCAGAAAGGCGACACGGCCUCAGUACAUCCGUUCCGGACUUUCGGUGGCAGCGUCGACUUUACACUUCAGACUCUCGUAGUCGGAGGUCACGGUAUCAUCGGCGGCACAGCCAAUAUUGCGCCGCGAGCAUGCUUGAGACUUAUAGAGCUCUGGGAGCAGGGGAGGUUGAGCGAGGCACGGUCCCUGCAAGCCGUCGUCGCUAGAGGAGAUUGGGCAGCCAUCCAGGGAGGGUUUAUCUCCGUUAAGGCUGCCUUGCGGGAGUACUACGGUUACGGGGCGGGGCCGAGGGAGCCAUGUCAGUUUCAAGAAGGGGACAAGUUGAGAGCGCAGCUCAGCAAAUUCGCCGAGCUAGUCGAAGUUGAGAAAACGCUGGAGUCGUAAGUCGCGUACUUUUAAUACAUCGAAGGGCUAAGAAACAUCUGUUAAGUUAUGGAGUAACUAUUUUAGAUUGUCAAUUAUGAAACUAGAUCGGUUUUCUCUCCCUUUGCCGAGUAAUGACCCUAGUAAAGCCAUCUGGGGAAGUUCUUACAACCACA